UUGAUCACCUUCACUGUUCAACAGUCCUGUACGCAGGGUUGACGGGUGCAACCACCGGUCACACCGAUCACAACGUAUGGGACCAUCCACAUCAUUCAAACUGCAUGUGCCGCAGGACACUUCAGCACACGCGUCACGCAGCACCAGUUCCGACUGUUAGCUUAAAUUAGACGAGUGGGCAAGAUCAGCUGACGCGCCAGAUGACGAGAGCGCCGACGGUCUCCCAAAACAGAAGACCGAAGAGCGUCCCUUCCACGCACAGCAGGUAGACUGACCUUCCGUCAUCCCCAAGCAACGGUGCUGACCACCAAGAGAUACCAAGCUUAGAAGAGUACAGGGAGUAAUCCUGCAGCGCUGUAAGCACCAGAAGGGAAGCCAUUACAGGCUGAAAUAAGGCCAGCUCAGCAGAACCUGAUGGGCUAACCUGCCAGCAGCUUGCACUUUCGUGAAACCUGCUCAGUCCCCAGCGUGUCCUGCUCAGUCCCCAGCAGAGCGAGAGUACACUCCUGGGGUGCCGCCGCCAGACGCAGCCCACGCCCCCAGUAAGGCAGAACGACAGACGAGGAGAGGAAUGUGGAAGAUGACAGAGAGAGGAGAGGCAGAAUGGCAGACAACAAGAUAAACAAGGACCAUGACAGAGAGAGGAGAGGCAGAAUGGCAGAGGAGAGGAGCAAGGAAGACAACAGAGAGAAAACAACAAAGGAUAGAGAACAUGAGGACACCCAGCAGCCCUUGUGGAACCCCUCAGCACCGUACCUCAAGUGGAAGGUGUUUGUGAGGGGAAAGGACUCCACUUUACAAGGCAGAGGCACGUGCGGGGAUGAGCAAGAGGACAGCGAAGAGGACCACUUGACACCAGCACAUGGGGAGGCCACCAGGAGCUUCUAUGAGAAUAUUGUGAGACAGGGAGACACACAAAGGGACAGAAGACAGGGGCACAGCAGCACAGACACAUGCAGGGAGGGAGACACAGAGAGAGACAGCCACACACGCAAACAUGGUCAUAGACAGACGCACACACGCGGACAAGACACUGAGGAGAGAGAUAGACACAGAAAAACAGACUUAACUAAAGAUAGACAGCCAGACACACGCACACAAGACACUACAAACAGCACUCACAUCUCUCUUCCCCACACACAACCCACACACACCCCUCCUCUGGGCCCACAGCACACCCACACAGCCCUCCGCCUUGCCCAGAAUGGCGACACGGCUGGCUUGUCCACAAUGCUUGAUGAGGGACUGAAUGUAAACACAAGAGACAGCUAUGGAUGGUCGCUGCUCAUGGUGGCUGCCUGUGCUGGGGCUGCCGACACUGUGAGGACCCUACUGACCCGAGGGGCAAGAACCGGGUACAGGGACGCGCGGGGCAACACAGCGCUGUACCUGGCGACAAUGAGGGGCCACAGGGAAGUGACAGAGAUGCUGAUUAAGGCAAACAAACGGACAAACAAACAAACAGUGCGCAGAGUGGGACGUGAAAGCCGUGAAAAUUCAAGUACAGGUUCCAGCUCGUCAGGGAGGGAAGAAGAGGAGGAGGAGUACUUCUGCGACACAUGUGAGGUGUUGGUGAAGGAGAGAGAGAGGACGAGACACAAGGCAUCCAUCGUACACCAGUUUAAGACGACAACAGGACAGACACGCACACAGUAUGGGAUCCCACCAUCUAACCGAGGCUACCAGCUGUUAGUAGGGCAGGGCUGGGAUGCAGAUGGGGGCUUGGGGUCUGAACAGCAGGGCCUCAAGUUUCCUGUGAAGACUGUGCUGAAGAGAGACAGGAAGGGGUUAGGGGCAGGCCAAGGGAUGCCGAGGGUGACACAUUUUGGCCCUGGGGAUGCUGGUGCGGUGAAGAGGACCCGAGGAAGUGUUGGGAGGGUGGAGCGCAUUGCCACCAUCAGCAGGAGAGAGGCCAGGCAGAGGAAGGUGAAGGAGCAGAAAGAGGAGAUUAGAUUAAGAAGAAUGCUGAAUGAACCAGAUUUCUGAAUUUCUCUCUCUCUCUCUCUCUCUCUCUCUCUCUCUCUCUCUCUCUCUCUCUCUCUCUCUCUCUCUCUCUCUCUCUCUCUCUCUCU